AUGUCAGCCUCUGUUUCCGUCACUUCCAUCGUGAACCUGCGCGAUGUGGACGACUCCGAGAGGGCCUGCUCUUUCGCUCAGCUCGACCCGGUACAGACAGCCUAA